AUGCAAUAUACAGAUGCUGCAUUAUAUUAUGUUUAAAAUUUUAAAGCAUUUAUUUUAAUUUGUGAUGAAUACUGUGAUCAUUGUGAUCUUUCAACAUCAAUAUGUUCGAUUUGCAAAUUGAAUUUUGUUUUGGAAAAAAGUAGAUGUGUUUGUAAAUUAAUAUUAUAAGGAGGAAAUUGUUAAGGAACAGCAACUGGGUUAUAUCAAUAUUACACUAAAGAUUUAUUAUAACCUUACACAUCAAAAACUCAAGUAUUUACAGAUUUAAACGGUUUUUCAUAUUAAUUUUUUGCUGAUUACAAUACAACUCAAAGAAAUAGAUAAAUAUAAAUAGAUGGAAAUAAUGUAGGUGGUUUUUUUAUUCAAAAUGAAUAUAUUCAAUAUUCAAUUAAUUAAGUAAUUAGUACUCCAACUGAUUUCACAAUUGAAUUUAUAUUAUAUUUAUUAGGACCAAUAGGUUUGUAUAGUAAUAUUCAAAUUAUGGUAGAUAGUUAUAUAAUAGGAUAAAUUACAAAUUAUGGAGAUAUCAAUAAUUUACUUUUUUCUUAAGGUUAAAUAUAUAAUAUGUAAACAUGUUUAGUAAGUGGUUAUUCAUCAUGCUAUAAAUAUAAUCUGAUAUUAAGCUUAUUUUAAAUUGAUCAUUUAAAUACAAUUUAAAUAAAAGGUCAUUUUAAUAUAACAGAUUCUAAAUAAGCAUGGGCUUUUAGUGAUUUAAAAAUUUCUAAAAUGGUAUGGUAAUCCUCAAGUUGUACUAAUUUUAUGUAUAAUAAUGAAUGUAAAUUUAUUAAAUGCCCAUCAUAUGCUCCAUAAUUUGGUCCAAAUACAUGUAAAGAUUUAUUAGAAACAUAUAAAUUUUCUGAAUAUAUAUUAAAAUUAUUCUAUGAUUAUGGGAGUAUAUUUUUUGAAGAUAAUUUAUCUAUAUUUAAAAAGAAUAUUCCUUCUAAUACUCCAUAAGUUUAUAAAGAUAAUUUUAUAUUUGGAGGAUAUUAAGCUUGGUAAACAGAUUAAUUUUAGAUAAAUUUAUAAUGUAAUCCCCAUUAUAAAGCUCGUUUAUUUGUUAAAUUAUUGUUAAUUGAUUUUGGUAUUAAUAAUUUAAAUAAUAUGACUGUUUAUUUUGAUUCAUCAUAUAAAGUAUAUAAUUGGUAAAAUUCAGUUGCUGUAUCAUUAACAGAAGAGAAAGGAGAUCAAUUAAUAAAAGAUUAUAUAGUUACAAUAAGUGGAACAGAUUUUGAAGUGAAUCAUAAUGAUUAAGAAUUAUUAGUAUCAUUUAAUUGUAAUGCAUUUAAUACUGCAUAUUGUGGAUUAUAUGAUUUAUUUGUAAUAGUUGCUUUAUGUCCUAUUAAUUGUUUAAGAUGUAUUGAUAGUGUUACUUGUUUAGAGAUUAAAUAAUCUCUUACAGUUUAUUAUGAUUGUCCUUAAGGUUAUUUUUAAUAAUCAGGAGAAUGUGUUCGAUGCAUAAGUGGUUGUAAAGUAUGUAAUGACAAAUAUUAUUGUAAUUAAUGUUAUGAUACUCAUAUAUAUUAUAAUAAACAAUGUUUUUGUUAAUUGAAUGGAUUAUCAUUUGGUGAUUGUUAAUCUAAUUGCCAUCCUUUAUGUUAAACUUGUAUAGCGUAAGUAUCUUCAGAAUAAAAAUAUGAUUAAAGAACAUUUAAUAGAAAGAAUGUUAAUUUAUAAUGUGUAAGUUGUGAUUUAAGUUAAGGUAAAGUGAUGAAUAUAUAAUCAUGUGAAUGUUAAGAAGGUUUUUAUUUAGAUAAGAAUUUUUAAUGUUUAAAAUGUCAUGAUACAUGCAAGAAUUGUUUACUUUAAGCUAGAUUUUGUAUUUAAUGUUAAGAUAUAUAAAAUAGAAUUUUGGAAUUUUAGAAUUGUAUAUGUAAAUAAGGAUAUUUUGAAGUAAGUGAUUCUUAUACUUGUAUGAAAUGUGCAGAUAAAUGUAAAACUUGUGAACAUUUUGAGACAUAUUGUACUAGUUGUUAUGUAUAAUAAAUAAGAACAUUAAAAGAGAAUGAUUGUAUUUGUUCAGUAGGACAUUAUUAAUAUUAAAAUAAUCUUAUAUGUUCAGCAUGUAAUGAUUUAUGUGAAUAUUGUUCAGAUUAUAAUAUUUGUACAUCUUGUUAUGAUAUAUAAUUUAGAUCAUUAUAAAUAGAUAAAUGUAUAUGUUAAAAUGGAUAUUAUUAAAAUAAUAAUCAAUUAAUAUGUUCUAAAUGUUAUUACACUUGUUCUGAAUGUAAUAGUUCAAAUGAAUUCAAUUAAUGUACUAAAUGUCCAAAAAGUAGAAUUAGAUCAAAUAUAUAUCUUAAUGUAUUUGAAUGUGAUUGUAAAAAUGGUUAUUAUGAUAAUAAUGAAUUAGAAUGUAUAGAUUGUACUACUUAUUAAUAUCCACCAAUUACACAUUAUUGUUAUUCAAAAUGUGGUGAUUAAAUUAUUUAAUGGAAUGAAUAAUGUGAUGAUGGCAAUCUUGAACCUAGAGAUGGUUGUAAUUAAUGUUAUUUAUCUAAUAAUAAAUGUAUUACUGAUAUAUGUUUAAAAUGUCAUUUAGGAGAAUGUUAAUAAUGUAUUGAUGGAUAUUAUCUUCAAAAUGAUUUUACUUGUUAAUUAUGUUCUCCACAUUGUUUAACUUGUAUCUCAUCACCAAAUCAAUGUAUAGAUUGUAAAUUUUACACUCCUUAAAAACAAUGUAUAAUCUGUAUGUCUACUGCUGGUUAUACAAUAAUUGAUAAUUAAUGUAUAAGUAUAUGUGGAGAUGGUAUAAGAACUAAAGAAGAAUUAUGUGAUGAUGGUAAUCUAGAUAAUGGUGAUGGAUGUACUUCAUUUUGUACAGUUGAAGAUGGUUAUAUUUGUGAUUAAAUCUGUAUCAAAAUUGAUUAUAUUGAUAUCAUCUUAACAGAAUCAUUAUUUGAUAAAAUUUAUCAAUCAUCUAGAACUAUUAAACUUACAUUUGAUUAAAUAGUCAAUAUUACAUAAGCACCUCUUAAAGAUUCCAUCUCUAUGAUUACUAAAAUCCAAAAUUAUAAAUUUAUAACUAAAAAUAUUAUAGAUAAAACAUAAUAUACAUAAGAAUUUAACAAAAUUGAUAUUGAAAUUACAAUUGAAUUAAGUGAAUCUAUUGAAUCUCCAGAUAUUAUUAUUAUCAUUAAUAAUAAUACUGAAGUAAUUUCUCAAAAUCACUUUUCAUUUUAAUCCAAAAAUCAAACUAUUACUCUCUUAUAAUAUCAAGCUUUGAGUGACUCUGAAAUUUCAAAUACAAAAAAUCUUGUUAGAUUUAAUUCUUAUAUAAUAUAUUUACUUAUUGGUUUUGCCAUAUUAGCAUUUCUAUUAGGAGGAUUAGAUAUAUUUUGGAAUCUAUUAGAUACUUUAUAAGUGUUAUCCUAUUUAAAAUAUUUAAAUGUCAUCUAUCCUUAUAAUCUUGAAACAUAUUUUUAACUUUUUGGAUUUGCUGAAUUUGAUUUCUUGAAGUCCAAUUUUAGUGUUGAAGAUUUAAUUUCAUCAUCAAUUGAAAUUGAAGAUCCUGCAUUAAAAUUUAAAGAAGAAGGAUAUACAUCUGUAUUCUUUGUAAAUGUUAUUGCCAUAUUUAUUGUUAUUAUGACAACUAUAGCAACAUAUAUAUUAUUUCAUUUAAUAUUCUAUUGUAUAUAUUAUUAUGCUAAAAAAAUAAGUACUCAUUAACAAAUUUCUAAUUAUUAAUCAUAAGAUGAACCUAAUGUUAUAGUAUUUUUAUGUUUUAAAUUAACAAGAACAAUGCAAAAAUAUUUUUAUAAUCUUAAAAUACAAUAUAAAACUGGAAUUUUAAGAGCCUUUUUAACAAUAUCUUAUGAUUUGAAUUUGGCAAUAUUUUUGCAAUUAAUGAGUUAUUCAAAAUCAUCAAUCUUAUUAAUACUAAGUAGUCUUUUUGCAUUUAUCUUCUUAUUUUGUGAAAUGAUUUUCAUAUAUUUUGGAAUAAUUGUUAUGAGUAACAAAAGAUUUUACUUUGAUUUAUAAGAAGUUCAAUUAAAAUAUGGAGCAUUAUAUGAAGGAAUUGAAUUAGAUAGUAAUCCUUAUAGUCUAUAUUAUAAUAUUGUGCUUUUUACUAAGAAAUUAUUAUUCAUGUUUUUCUUAGUUUUCAUAUAUGAUUAUCCAUUAUUUUAAAUUGGAUUUAUAUCCUUAUUAAAUGCUAUAUUCUUUACUUAUAUUAUAUACAAUAAACCAUUAAUUGAUAAAUCUGAAUAUUAUAAAUAAAUAAUAACAGAAAUCUUAUUGUGGAUAACAGAAUUAUUAAUUCUACUUAUAGGUUUUGGAUAAUAAAGUGAAUUCUUUGUUUAUGAAAGUUAUAUAAAAAUAGGAUGGGUUAUUGUCACUAUCUUAACUCUCCUGAUAUUUAUACAAUUAAUAAUUGAUAUUAGACAACAUAUGAUAUUUUUAAUAGAAAACUAUGAGAUUCUAAGAAUUUUAGUAAAUAAAAUAAAAUAAUUACAUUAAAGUAUAUUUUCAAAGGAAAUACAUAUUAAUAAUGAUGAAUCAUAAAGUCUAGUUGGUUCUAGUAGUAGAGGUAGAUUAAAACAAAGCACAAGUAAACUUCCAUCAAAUUAGAGUUCAUAAAAACAAGUCAGAAAAUUAGUAACAUUUAAAAUGAAUGAUUCAAUUUUAUGA